AUUCGGCAUCCAUCAUCACCACUUCAUUCACCUGAACCAGAUGUUGUACAUGAACUUCUUGGUCAUGUUCCACUUCUAUCGAAUCCAAGUUUUGCUCAAUUUUCGCAAGAUAUUGGUUUAGCUUCGUUAGGUGUAAGUGAUGAUGAUAUUGUAAAACUUUCAACACUCUAUUGGUUUACUGUUGAAUUUGGCUUAUGUCGUGAAAAUGGACAGAUUAAGGCUUAUGGUGCAGGUCUUCUUUCAUCAUUUGGUGAACUUCAACAUGCAUUAUCAUCAAAACCUGAAAUCAAACUAUUUGAACCAGAAACAACUGUUAUACAAGAAUAUCAAGAUGAAGAUUAUCAACCAAUUUAUUUCUUGGCUGAAACAUUUGAAGAUGCCAAAGAAAAAUUACGUAUUUAUGCUAAAUCAUUAAAGCGUCCAUAUGAACUUGUCUAUAAUCCUUAUACACAAUCAUUACGUAUUCUUGAUAAUAUUAAAGUUAUUCAUGAUUUUAGUGCCGAACUUAAACUUGAAAUGGAUGUACUUGAGCAUGCACUUGAUCGUCUUCAUACAAAUGGUAUUAAUUUUAAAGUUGUUUCAUAA